AUGUUGAACCUUAGUCUCGAGGUUCACAGGGCCUUGCUCUUUGCAGUGAGUCGGGCAGAUGCGGCAGUAGUGGAUAUCCCCUUCGGAAAAGGUCUAGUGAAGAAUUCAUCCAGAGUUAACGAUCCCUACUCUCAAGCGGGUAUUCGAAGCAUGUUAGGGUCGGUCGGGUCACCUAAUGGAGAACUUGAUGCCGUCACGGCUAUGAUGGUCUCGUUACUCCGACAUGGCAUCAAAAUGGACUCUGGGAACUUAUCCGCCUGCUCGGAGGUGUUUGACAAAGAGGUUCAAUUGGUCAAACAGUCUCCCUUAGGGCCAGGCACCUACCUCCAGCUCUUGUUGGGUCGAGGUGCAGAUCCCUUUAGUGAUGGUGGACCCUUCGAAGUCGAGUCUCUGCUAGAAUUUGUGAUAAAACAGGGUGCUAAGCAAGAGAUGAAACUUCUCCUCAAAGGAUUAGAUGAGCACAGUAUAUCGUCUGAGGAAUUGGAAGAAAUUGUGACCGAAGUGGAGAGUCAAGUUAAGAGGAAGGACAAGCAGAACAUUUUGCCGCUCCUUCGUCGUGCAUGCUGCCGAAAGAAGCACCGAGAAAUGAUGCCAAUACCCUGGCGAUCCUAG